ACACACACACACACACACACGAUCCACCGAUGAAGCGGACCAGCCCCCGGAACCAGCCGACGCUCUUCCAAGCUCUGGGCGUCGAGCGCCCAGGCCAGCCUGACAAGUCUCAGCCCGAAAAGUCGCAGUCCGACAAGUGUCAACACGAAAAGCCCCGGACCUCCCGGCACCCGAUGUUCUGGCUGCCGCGCGAGACCUCCGGCACAUUGAUCUAUGGGGAAAGUCUGUCGCUGGAGGAGCAUCUGCGCCGCGCGGCCGGCAAGGGCGCCGCGCCGAAGCCCCUGCGCGUGGCCGCCUUCGACAUGGACUUCACCCUGAUUCGGCCCCACCGGGGGACUUACCCCCGUGGCCCGAGUGACUGGGUGUUUUUGACGCCCGAGGGCCAGAAGGCCGCGACCGGAUCGUCCCGCAAGCGCCAGGCCCCCCGGCGCCCGGUGACCACGGUCAGCCGGGACCCCAAGAGUCUGGCUGCCCUGGAAACCCCCCUGCGUGGGGCGGGUCAUCUGUCGGAGGUCCGGGACACCUUGCAAGCCCUGCACUCGGCCGGCUGGCUGGUUGCCAUUUUCUCCAACCAAUUCGUCUCUCCGGACAUGGAGGCCUCCCACCGGAGGGAGAUGCGCACCAAGCUCGAGGACAUCGCUUCGCAUAUCGACAUCCCCUUCUGCUUUUCGGCGGCCCUCUCACGCGACGGGUACCGCAAGCCCUGCCGGGGCAUGUGGCUGCACUUUGUGGCUCGCAUGGCCGACACUUACGGCCUUGAGAUCGAUCAAGAGCGCUCGUUCUUCGUGGGUGACGCGGCCGGCCGGCCGAGCGACCACAGUGCCGCGGAUCGGCUGUUCGCCGCGAACAACGGGCUGCCAUUCUUUCUCCCGGAGGAGAUCUUCUUCGGGACCCCGGUGGUGCCGGAGCUGCUGGUUCUGCGGCACUUCGAGCCGCGGAGCUUCCCCAAAUCCGGGACCCCGGAGCACCGGCAGGUGCAGGACCGCAUCACAGCCCUGACCCAGCAAGGGGCCCCUGCUGCCGGGGCCGAAUUGGUCCUGCUGGUCGGGCCACCGGCCUCUGGGAAGUCCACCUUCGCAAGGCGGUACUUCCGCACGGAGGAUGUCCGGUCUCGCGGCCUUGGUGGCUUCGAUGCCAAGGUCCCGGUCGCCGGGUCCGGCGCUUCUGACGACGCCCCGGCGCCCGAGACCCCCGCCCGUCGGUACCUGCGCGUCAAUCAGGAUCUCCUGAAGUCCCGCGAGGCGUGCAUCCGCCUGACCGACCGCCUGCUGACCGCCGGCCACAGCGUUGUCGUCGACAACACCAACCCCGACCGUGCCACGCGCGAGGCGUACCUCGCCAUUGCCACGCGGCUGGGCGUCCCCGCGCGGGCCUUUGUUCUCGGCAUGCCGGAUGGCUCGGCCGACGAGGGGUACAUGCUCCUCUCGCAGCAUCUCAAUUUGUACCGGCUGCUCCGGGGCGACACCGAUGGCGACCCGCGAGACCUGGUCCCGCGCAUUGCCUUCAACAUCUUCUCCAGCAAGUUUCAGCACCCCUCGGUGGCCGACGAGCCGGGGCUCACCUCCGUGGCGGUGGUCCCCUUCCUGCCGGACUUUGCUCCGGCAGUGGGCCCGGCCGACGAGCAGGCCGACCUCCAGGACACCGCGCCCUCAUCGCCCCUGGGACGCACCCCCAGCAGCUGGGAGGACAUUCGGUCGUGCCGGGAACGCCUCUUCUUCGAGCACCUUGUUUGAUGCCCGACCAGGUGCCAACGAAUCGGGACUCCGGUCAACACGCGCCCGCAGGCGCGGGGAAGCAGAAAAAAAACAAAAUAGACGCACACAACCAGGCGUGGUA